AUGGAAUAUUUUUCGGAUACUCGCCCGGGCAAUUACUUCUGGGGACCUAAGGAGGAAGAUCAUCCGAAGAUGUUUCAAAAAUUGACGAAAUUUCAGACAGAGCCUUGGAAGACUUGGUUAGAGUGUGGUGCUAAUAACGCCAAAGUCGAGGGUUCGACCCCCUCUGGGACCAAGUUUUUAGAUUUUUUUUCGUCUCCACCAGAGAGCUACCAGAGCCAAGUCCAGUAA